AAUUCACAACCCAAAGGCUCAAAAGCUACAUUUUUUUAUUCCUAGAUUCCUUUGUCACCACCACCAACCUUGCAUCCACCCACCGCCAUCUCCUCCGUCAUUCACCUUCAACCACAACCCCUUUCUCUGCCACUGUGAUCUCUCUCUUCCUCUCUCUCAGUGUGUCCCUAUCUACCCCACCAUGCAGCUACCUUGAAACUCAAGCAAGAAUCACCAAAGCACUUUCUCUGACACCCAAGCACACAAAGAGGAAAAAAGCAAAACCCCCACUUGACACAAACACAAAAAGCUUCAAACUUGCCCCACCCCACAUCAAAACCACUUCAAUUCCUUAUCUGGGUCAUCUUCAUUUUCAUCUUUCUCCAUUUUUUUGUUUCUCCGGCAAAAGGGUCACCCUGCAAUGUCUACAAGCUUCAGGGGAGCCUCGAAGAGGAACCAAAACGUCAUGCCGGUGCACCCAGUUGUGGACCUUGCUUCUCCGUUCGGCGACCCGGGUCCGAAUUUUCCUGAUUCGGAGCUCCGGGAAACGGCAUACGAGAUUCUUCUGGCUGCUUGCCGGAGCUCCGGGCCGAAGCCGUUGACGUUCAUUUCGCAGUCGGAGAGGGGAGGACGGGAUCGGAGUUCGGCGGGGAUGUUGCAGAGGUCUCUGACGUCGUCGGCGUCGCUGCAGAGGUCGCUGACGUCGACGGCGGCGAGUAAGGUGAAGAGGGCUUUGGGUUUGAAAACGGCGUCGUCGAGGAGUAAGCGUGCGGGGACGACGACGGGGGAGUUGGUGAGAGUGCAGAUGAGGAUUUCUGAGCAGUGUGAUAGCAGGAUUAGGAGAGCACUGCUCAGAAUCGCUGCUGGCCAGCUUGGAAGACGCAUGGAGUCUGUGGUUCUUCCACUAGAACUAAUACAACUGUUCAAGAGUUUAGAUUUUCCCAGUCAACAAGAGUAUGAGGCUUGGCUAAGGAGAAAUUUGAAGGUUCUUGAAGCAGGACUCCUCUUGUAUCCUCACUUUCCAUUAAAUAAAGGAGAUACUUCUUCGCAGCAACUCCGGCGCAUAAUCCGUGGAGCCCUUGAGAAUCCCAUGGAUAUUGGAAAGAACGGUGAAUCAAUGCAAACCUUCCGGAGUGUUGUCAUGUCUCUUGCUUGCAGAUCACCUGAUGGGUCAGUUCCUGAGACGUGCCAUUGGGCUGAUGGGUUUCCACUAAACCUCUGGAUCUACCAAACUCUUUUAGAAGCUUGUUUUGAUAUUCAUGCAGAAACCUCUGUGAUAGAAGAGGUUGAUGAGGUCUUAGAGCUCAUUAAGAAGACCUGGGCUAUGCUAGGAAUUAAUGAAAUGCUACAUAAUAUUUGCUUUUCAUGGGUCUUAUUUCAUCGGUAUGUUGUCACUGGGGAAGUGGAAAUUGAUCUAGUGUUUGCAUCCAGUAACCUAUUAGAAGAAGUUGAGAAAGAUACUGAUGCCACAAAAGAUCCUUUGAACUCAAAAACUUUGAGCUCCAUAUUGAGUUUGAUGUUAAGUUGGGCAGAGAAAAGGCUUCUCGCAUACCAUGAUACUUUCCAUGAUGGUAAUAUUGAAGCAAUGGAAAGCAUCAUUUCUCUGGCUGCAUUAUCAGCAACAAUAUUGGAAGAAGAUAUCUCACACGAGUAUAAUUGGAAGAAAAAAGAAGCGGAUGUAGCCUGCAACAGAGUUGAAAAUUAUAUUAGAUCAUCAUUGCGUGCUGCUUUCGCUCAGAAAUUGGAGAAUCUGGACCGCAGCAAGCAUCUAUCUAGAAAACAAAAUAAAGCCUUUCCUAGUCUUGCUGUUCUUGCACGAGACAUUACUGAACUGGCUUGUAAGGAAAAAGUGAUAUUCAGUCCCAAACUGAAGAGAUGGAAUCCUCUUGCUGCUGGUGUUGCGGUUGCUACCCUUCAUGUGUGUUAUGGAAAUGAGUUGAAGCAAUACGUCAGGGGUAUUAGUGAGUUGACUCCUGAUGCUAUAGAAGUAAUGGUAGCUGCUGACAAAUUGGAGAAAGAUCUGGUGCAGAUAGCAGUGGAAGAUUCUGUAGAAAGUGAAGAUGGGGGAAUAUCCAUUAUACAGGAGAUGCAACCUUACGAGGCUGAAGCGGUAAUUGCUAGUCUGGUUAAGUCAUGGAUAAAAACCAGAGUGGAUAGACUGGGGGAACAGGUUGACAGAAAACUGCAACAAGAGACAUGGAAUCCACAAGCGAAUAAAGAGGGGUUUGCUCUUUCUGCUGUUGAAGUUUUGCGGGUCGUAGACGACACUCUGGAAGCUUUCUUUUUGCUGCCUAUACCCAUGCAUGCAGUUUUGCUUCCUGAGUUGAUGUCUGGUCUUGACAAAUCUCUCCAACAAUACAUUUUGAAAGCCAAAUCUGGCUGUGGGAAUCGAAUUACUUUCAUCCCAACUAUGCCUGCAUUGACUAGGUGUUCAACAAAAUCAAAACACAGUGUAUUCCGUAAAAAAGAAAAGUCACAAGGGACUCAGAGGAGGAAAGCCAAUGUGGGAACCACAAACGGAAGUAACUCAUUUGAUGUACCCCAGAUGUGUGUUCGCAUCAAUACUUUGCAGCGCAUUCGCCUGGAGGUCGGGGUUUUUGAAAAGAGGAUAGUUGCCAAUCUUAGCAGUUCUAAAUCCACAAAUGAUGAUGAUAUAGCAAAUGGGGUGAACUUGAAGUUCAAGCUUUCCACAGCUGCUGCGGUGGAAGGUAUCCAUCAACUCUGUGAAUGUACAGGAUACAAAGUCGUUUUCCACGAUCUACGCCAUGUUCUCUGGGAUGGCCUAUAUGUUGGACAAGUUCCAUCCGCCAGAAUCGAGCCUUUUCUUCAAGAGCUUGAGCAGUAUUUGGAGAUCAUAUCAUCAACACUGCAUGAUAAAGUUAGAACACGCGCAAUUGUUGAAGUAAUGCAGGCUUCUUUUGAUGGGUUCCUAUUGGUUUUGCUAGCUGGAGGUUCAUCACGUGCUUUCUCGCUGCAAGAUUCUGUUAUGAUACAGGAAGAUUUCAAGUUUCUGACCGACUUGUUCUGGUCAAACGGAGAUGGAUUGCCAGCUGAACUGAUAGAAAAGCAUUCUGCCACCGCCAGAGGUGUGCUUCCGUUGUUUCACGCCGAUACGAAGCACGUAAUUGAGCAAUUCAGUCAACUAACUAUGGAAAUGUAUGGUUCUUCCGCCAAAUCCCGGCUUCCGUUGCCUCCACCAGCAGAUCAAUGGAGUCCAAGAGAACCGAACACACUUUUACGAGUUUUGUGUUAUCGGAAUGAUGAGGCUGCUGCCAAGUUCCUCAAGAAGAAUUACAACUUGCCUACGAAAGUCUGACAACUGAUACAUAACCCAUGUUACAUGUCACGCCUUGCCACUCUCUAUACAAAAUCCUAGUGCCUUCACUGUGUUUUGAAACUCUUACUGGCUAGUUUGUGAGGAUAUUAUACACUUGAGUAGUGAUUAACCUUUAGGAAUGGCGAGUUAUCUUCAAUAAUGCUUAAGACUAUACACAAAAUAUACCAUGUACAGAUGUGACUCUUUGCUUGCUAAUUUGUUCCCGUGUCUAAGUGGAAUUUCUGAGCGCAUGGUGAUGCUAAGAAGUAUUUAUAAUAAUUAUUAAAUUAUUUUUUAAAUAAUUUUGGAGUGGAGUGUCUAUGUAUUGGUGCACUGUGAUUUCAUUCUACGAAUGACUUGAGAUUGAGAAUGUAAAUGAGAUGAGAUUAUUUAUUUGUGCAAGUUUGUUAAUCGUGAA